AUGGCUCUCAAAUUUUUCUGCCUAGGCUGUCUUUGAACCUAAAUCUUCAGAUCGAAGUAGCUAGGUUUCCAGAGCAUGAGCCGUCAGUCCUCAUGCAAUCUUAUAUUUUAAGGAACAGAGGACAGCCAAAGCGCAGCCUCCAUAAAAAAGCUUGUCAGAUAUUAUAUUUUAGACUGACACAGCAAAUCUUCCCUACCCCCCUUUAUAAAAUGUCAAAUUAUGAGUCUAAGUCUUUACUCUGCAGGUGUGUGUAUGUGUGUUCAAAAGAAAAAUUAUUGCAUAUAAACAAUGGGAAAGAUGAAAAUCUUAUUCCUUUUCAAAUUAUAGUUUGUUUGAAAUAAUAUAGUGUUUUCCGUGCGUGCUUGCCUCUAAACUGCUUGAAGACUUCAACUGCUUGAAGACUUCGUCUUUCUGGGUUAACAGAAAACUGAGUAAGUCUAAAGCAUACUAUUGAUAUGCUUGUAAAAAAUGGACCAUGGAGAUAAAUUUAGGAACCUUCCCUGGCCUAUGAUUUGGCAAGAGUUUUCUAUUUCUUACAAACAUACUUGCUGUCUCAUAGAAGCUUAAGGAUUGGCGACAGUGGGCAGCGUUUUUCUGAAGACUGUGAGACCAGGUUUGGCUGAUUUCUAAAAAGUCAAGUAAUAUUUCAAGUUUGCUUUGGAGUGAGAAAAGUUUUAGGGAUUAUUAUUGCAUAUACUUUCUGUGAUUUGACUUCUCAAAAGAUAUAGAUUAUGGAUGAUCUAUACCACAGAGGUUGUAAUUUCAUGCUUAUUCCUAUUUCUUCAGGUCAUUAGGAUUCUAAUUUUUUAUUUUCCUGUGCCAGAUUAUCACCAUGAGGUCUAUAAGAUCUCAGAAUUCACCAACGAUAUUAAUGGGGAGGCCAAAGAGACACAACCCAUUUUUUUAGGAGAUGAAAGCAUGGAAAUUAAAAAACAAAUUACAGGGAUGAGAAGAUUAUUGAAUGAUAGCACCGGAAGGAUAUACCAGCGUGUUGGCAAAGAAGGAGAAAAAUUAAAAGAAGAGCCUCAGGAUUUGGAUUUUGUGUGGCCUCCACGUUUGAACUCCUCCACCGAGCCCCCACAGGGCUUCCACCCCCCUCCCCGCGGCGCGUGGAAUGAGCUGCCACCCCAAAGUGGGCAGUUCUCAGGACAGUAUGGCACCCGUUCUAGGACCUUCCAGAGUCAGCCCCCUGUUGCUGUGAGCUCCAACGGAGACCUUCCAGUGGUGAACUCGUCAGUGGAAUCAAACUGCUGUACUUGUAACUGCCAGUCAACAUUACAAGCCAUUCUCCAAGAACUCAAGACCAUGAGGAAAUUGAUGCAAAUCCAAGCAGUUGGAACUCAAAACAGACAACAACCCCCAAUUUCCCUUAUAUGCUCCCAGCGAACUGCUGUCUCACGCAAGAGAACUAAAAAGAGAAAAUUGGCCCCAAAGCCCAUGGAAGCUGUUACUGAGAAACAGAAGGCCAGUGUGUUAGAAAUUGAGAAGAAACCAGCAACUGGGGCCUCAGAGCCACAGCCGGGACUCCCAACCUCCCAGCCCACCUCCACUGAAGAGAGCCACGUUCUGGGAUUUGGCAUUGUUCUCGAAUCGCCUUCCUCAGAUCCAGAAGUGCAACUUGCUGAAGGCUUUGAUGUGUUUAUGCCCAAAUCUCAGCUGGACUCUAUAUUAUCAAACUACACUCGCUCAGGAAGCCUUCUGUUUAGAAAACUGGUGUGUGCAUUCUUUGAUGACAAGACUUUGGCUAACUCCUUACCCAAUGGGAAGAGGAAAAGAGGACUUAAUGACAACCGGAAAGGACUAGACCAAAAUAUUGUGGGUGCAAUAAAAGUUUUCACUGAAAAAUACUGUACUGCUAACCAUGUGGAUAAACUUCCUGGCCCAAGAGACUGGGUACAAAUUCUACAGGAUCAAAUUAAACUUGCCAGAAGAAGGUUAAAAAGAGGCUCAGCAGAGGUAGCUGACGGUGAUGAAAGACUGGACGGCAUUUCUCUACCACCAACAGGUGAUAUAUUUGACACCAGGAGAGGAAUCACGGAGGACAGAGAACCAGGUUCAUUGCCUAAACUUGUGCUCUAGUGACCUUGAUUGUUAGUAUAUGUAAUUCUUCCAUCUGAAUCUACUCAAAGACCCACACGGCCAAGUGUGGGUGUUCUGUGAAGUUUAUCUGUCCUGGUUGAAUCAUUUCCUAUGAUUUCUUUGUACUAUGUGAUGGUCACACAACCAUAUUGGAUUAUGAUAUUUUAAAACUCAUUUUUAGGGCUGGAAAAUGUGGCUUGGCGGUAGAGUGCUUGCCCGGCAGGCACGAAGCCCUGGGUUCGAUUCCUCAGCACCACAUAAAC